AAACGCUCUCUUCUUUUUUUUGCAGGUGCACACAGGAAAGUGUUUUGUACAAGUUCUUCGUUCAGGAGUUUCCUCUUUCCCUGGAUACCACAUGCAGGACGUUGCAGUUUCCCUCCUUCAAUGAACAAAGCGGAUUUGUGUCCAGUUCAGCCACAUAGAAAGCAAAGUAAUAAUCCUCCAAGAUGGCAGUCACUUUGGUCUAUGAGGAGCCAGGAGCCAACUUAGCCGAGGCGGACAUAUGCACGCUUGAGAUUAAUAUGAAAUAUGAAGUCAUCCCAUCCGUUGUCUGCUCCGUUUGCCUUUCAUUCGGCCUCAUCUACUGCUUCUUUGGAUACCGCUGCUUCAAGAUGGUCAUGUUCUUCUCUGGCUUCAUGUCCGGCACGGCAGCCGUUCUCCUGUUGUACCACAAGGAGCCUGUAUUGGACGUCCAGCUGGGGACGGAGACCAAGGCGGGGAUCAGCCUGGGCGUGGGCGUGCUCUGUGGGCUGAUGACAAUGCUGGUGUCCACGAUGGGACUCCUCCUCAGCGGCCUGCAGCUGGGGACCCUGCUCUCCCUCGCCAUCCUUGUCGUCAUCGGACAGUUUCACAGCCUUACUCCCGUGUGGGUGCCUCUCAGUUUCGUACUUGCUGCCAGCAUCAUCACCGCUGUCUCCUCACUUCAGUGGCAGAAACUGUUCAGCAUCUUCUACACGUCUGUGUUUGGAGCGACCACUGUGAUGCUGUGUGUGGAUUACCUAGUGGGGACGUUUGUGCUGCCAGAUCAGGUCUAUGAUAUGCUGUGUCAAGUCGCCCCACGUCCUCUGUGCUGGUUUAACUGGGCAAUCACUGGGAUCUGUCCCACUCUGAGUCUUCUAGGUGUGUUAGUGCAGUGGAGGUUUACUGCCAAAGGAGUAUCACACACAGAAGCUGCACACAAAAAAACAAAGAAAUACGCUAAGAAGCAGAAAUACAGAGAGCCCAGGAGAAGACCUCAAUCACACCGUCGACGCAGGCCUCCACCCCUGAAACGCUACGCCGGAGACGUCCUGGCACCGAGUUACCUCCAGAAGCUUCAGGAGUGCCAGAUGGGAACAGGCUCCUCCACCAGCAGCGUCAGCACUAUCACUCACACUCUAAUUGACUUUGACUUUGAGACGGGCUCCAUGGUGCCUCUGACUGCUGCCUCCCAUGUGUUUUCAGUCUGAAAAGAAACACAGCUUCAAAUAUUUGUAAACUACGCACGUCUGAGGAAUCCAUUACAUUACAGUCUGAAUCUCUGAAAUGUUUCACUUCCACAGAAACGGCUCAACUGUUUCGACUGCUGCCGUGAAUCCACUUUAACCGGCUUCGACAGAUAAUCAUCAACAUGCACAUGGUGUGAUCUGAGAUGCUCGGAGCUCAUCCUCUGAAUGAUGACAGGACGAAAUAAGGCAACAUCCACAGUGAUCAAGCUCAUGAGCACAACUUAAUUUGAAUGGUUUAUCUCGCAGACACUGUGUUUCACACUUCAAUAACAACCAUAUAUUCUAUUACAUUCUCCUGGAUACAAACAUAGACCUAAAAACAUGUGUUUAGAAUAGUUUGGGUUUUAACAGUUUUGGAAAUCAACUUUUAUGUUUACAAGCAAUAAAUCAAACCAGCACAUGCAAUGAAAUUAAGGAUAUGAUAGGGAUUGUUGAACGAUAAACUAAUAAACCACUGAUUUGACAGCA